UCUUUCUCCUAUAAGCGCGCUUACACUAUCAGAUGAAAUAUUUCCCCGUACGUUUGCGCUAUCGGUUCUUUCUCGUUCAUUUCGCCGAGAGCACCUCUCUCGUGCGAUGCACGAGAUUGUAAGAUCAACUCGUCCGAUAGCAUUUAUAUAGCGAACCGAUCGCUGUCCCGAUGGACCGUCGAAUCGAUUCUGCGACCCGAGCGUGCGAAAUCGGUGCGGGUGACAAUGGCGACCGGUCGAAAAUUGCGCGGCUAAAGAGAACAUCGAACGUUCCCGCAGCCGGUUCUUCUUCUCCAUGGCGAAGGAGAGCAAUCGGCGACGCUCGAGGCGUUUCCAAUUUCCUCCAAUGUGGCCUUAUAUCGAGAAAAAUGCCGCACGCGGCGAACUGAUCCCGGCCAGCAAACGGCACGGCACUGCGCCGUUGUUGCCGCGGGAGUCCGAGAUUAAAUUGAAAACAGACGUGUGUACUCGCGGAAAAAGGAGGAGAUGCGACGGUUAUUCCACUGGAUUGCACAGCGUACGACAAGGACGACGACGUCGACGUCGAAACGUCGACGAUCCACCUACAAGAUUUUACACCCCCGGAUCACGAAAGCACGUCAUAAACUGAUCUGUACGAUCAUUUAGACUUAGUGAAUUUAUGAUGACCCGAGUUCAAUACAUUGCAGACAUUUACAUUUAUAUAUUUGUAUUUAUUUUUAUGAAU